UCAACCAAGGAGUCCGGCACCCUUGUGUUCUGUAUAGUCAAUACUCUGGCAAAUUCCUCUUGCAAUUCCUAAAAUUAACAAUCGCAAAAAUGCAGAGUCGUUCGAAACAAAGAGACAAAACAAGAAGUCAAACGCACCGCUUCCGUCAAUUGCAGUUGAUCUUCUGGUUUAAAUAGAACUUUUCCUCGCGUCCAAUCUGGACCCAAGUCACCAGCACCCAAAUCUUGGCGCGAUAAAUGAAUUAAGAAGCCAAGCUUCUGUGUGUUUAUAAAUGCCUUGAAGCAUGGAAGAUAGUGGUAUUGACAGUGACCCUAAAAUUGUUAAUCAUGUGGAAGAUGAGAGAUUAUUCUUGGGUAGUGACAGCAGUUGCAGCAGCAAUCACACGCAGACUUCUCAACGGAAUACAACCAAACAGUUACAAAAGAAACUAGAAACACGUAUUGAACAAGCAAAGAGAAUUCAACGAAACUCAGAUUACGUAAAGCUUCCAAAAUAUGACAAUGAUAAUACAAGCAGUUCUUCUGGGUUGAUAUCAAUCCAAAGAUUGCCUAUACCGCAUAAAAACAAGGAACACCUUCCUCUAGUCGAAUACUGGCACAGUGAAAGCGAAAGUGAUGGCGAGAUGACUCUCUUCCCGGCGAAAUCCAAAGAUUCCUCAAAGCACAAACAAGAUCUCACGGACACGUUUAGCAUUGGAGAAUUAAGCGACGAAAGCGAAGAUUCUCUGAAUCUGGACCCGGCACAGCCGCCACGUCCGUUCAUGCGAACUUAUGUACCUAAUGGAUGUUUCGCUUGCCAUUGCCAUAUAUUGUAAUAUAUAGCCCGAAUUAGGCCGGAUAUGUACGAUACGCAAUUUUGAGAGACUUAAGUGAUUCUUAUUUAACUCUAUCUCCGCUAUUUAUAAAAUAGUUGUUGAAAGCGCACGUAAUUUUAUUGAAUUUUUUUACGAAAUCGUAUUUUUCUGAAAGUUUAUCUUCGGUUAUGUAAAGUUAAUUUAUUGUAUUAUAUAUGAAAAUUAUUGUUCUCAGAGAAAAUAUGCUUAAAUCAUCAGACGUAUUUUACUGCACCGCUGUCUGUUUCUCAAGUCUCUCCCCAAGUAGAGUUUCUUUUUUUUUCGUUGAUUUCGACGUCCGAAACACUUUGCGGUAAGAGCAAAGCGCAAUUACGGAGUGACGCAUCCAAGCAGCAAGGAUUAGUCUGUUCCGAAUGAACGCAACGAUUCAUUGGGGACACAACACUGUCUUCU